UGAUGCCCUGAUGAUAUUAGUUGCUCCCGAGCAAGAACCCUGCAGAGGUUGAAGAGAGAGAAAGCAGCAUGCCUCAUCUGGUUCACGAUUGAGACCAGAAUCAAGUAAGCCCUUCUCUCCCUCUCCAACUUACACACGGGCUUGAUCAAUAUCAUUACCCUUUUUUCUGAAAUGAUUGCCUCACAGCUAAGACAAAGAGGAACAAAACCCAUCACCCAAAUCGCCAAACUCUUGCUCCAAAACCCCAUACCACCACCAACCCAAUCCCACCACAACAACAACCCAUCUGCCCUUUUCUCCCCUACCCAAAACCCUUCAUGGGAUUUACACAUCACUCACUAUUCAACUCAGUCCUCCAAGUUUCCUGAGUACGAGAUGCCCUCAGUCACUUGGGGCGUUGUUCAGGGCCGCAAAGAGCGGCUUGUCUCUAGAGUCAUAAUAUGCGACUAUUUGAAGAGUCUAGGCAUAGUUCCUGAUGAGUUGGAAAGUUUGGAGCUGCCCUCUACUGUUGAGGUCAUGAGGGAAAGAGUUGAGUUCCUCCAGAAGAUAGGAUUAUCGAUCGACGACAUUAAUGAGUACCCUUUAAUGCUUGGAUGUAGUGUUAGAAAAAACAUGGUGCCUGUGUUGGCUUACUUGGAGAAAAUUGGGAUUCAGAGGUCCAAGUUGGGUGAGUUUGUUAAGAACUACCCUCAAGUGUUGCAUGCUAGUGUGGUGGUUGAGCUUGUUCCGGUGAUCAAGUUCCUUCGUGGGCUCGAUGUGGAGAAGAUGGAUAUUGGCUAUGUGUUGCAGAAGUAUCCGGAGCUUCUCGGGUAUAAGCUUGAGGGGACUAUGAGUACUUCUGUUGCGUAUCUUGUUAGCAUUGGUGUUGCUCCUAGGGAUAUAGGUCCUAUGGUGACUCAGUAUCCUUAUCUUUUGGGAAUGAGAGUUGGGACUGUGAUUAAGCCUUUUGUUGAUUUUUUGGUGUCCUUAGGUUUGCCGAAAAAGAUUUUGGCUAGGAUGUUAGAGAAGCGCGCAUAUUUACUUGGUUAUGAUCUUAAGGAGACUGUUAAGCCGAAUGUGGAUUGUUUGGUUGCUUUUGGGAUCAGGAGGGAACUGCUUGCUUCUAUUGUUGCUCAAUACCCCCAAAUUAUUGGGCAGCCUCUGAAAGCUAAAAUGUCGUCGCAGCAGUUUUUCUUCAGUAUGAAGCUUAAAAUUGAUCCUGAAGGUUUUGCGAGGGUGAUAGAGAAGAUGCCGCAGACAGUAAGCCUUAAUCAGCAUGUGAUAAUGAAGCCUAUUGAUUUCCUUAUUGGACGGGGCAUACCUUCAGAAGAUGUAGCGAAGAUGGUUGUUAAGUGUCCCCAAUUGGUGGCACUGCGUGUUGAGCUCAUGAAGAACAGCUAUUACUUUUUCAAGAGUGAAAUGGGGAGACCAGUGAAAGAGCUCAUGGAAUUUCCAGAAUACUUUACUUAUAGUUUAGAAUCCAGGAUCAAACCUAGAUACCAGAAGUUGAAAAGCAAGGGGAUCAGGUGUUCUUUGAGAUGGUUCCUCAACUGUAGCGAUCAGAGAUUUGAGGAGAGAUUGCAAGGGGAGUACAUUGAAACAGAGAUUUGUGGUCCAUCAUUUUGUAUGGGAGGGAAGUUAGAGCUUCCUGGAGUUGGAAAUGAAAUGGUGUCAGAUGAGGAAAAUGAGAGUGAUGAUGAAAUACUUUACAGACGCACUGUUUCCCUGUAG